AUGCCCUCUGCGGUGAGGUGCGCUCUGACGGGCCACGAGCUGCCCUGCCGCCUGCCCGAGCUCCAGGUCUACACCCGCGGCAAGAAGUACCGGCGGCUGGUCCGCGCCUCCCCCGCCUUCGACUACGCCGAGUCCGAGCCGCACGUAGUGCCCAGCACGAAGAACCCGCACCAGCUGUUCUGCAAGCUCACCCUGCGGCACAUCAACAAGUCUCCGGAGCACGUGCUGAGGCACACCCAGGGCCGGAGGUACCAGAGGGCUCUGCAGAAAUAUGAGGAGUGUCAGAAGCAGGGUGUGGAAUACGUGCCAGCCUGCCUCCUGCACAAGAGGAGGAGGAGGGAGGACCAGCUGGAUGGGGACGGGCCAUCUCGCCCUAGAGAAGCCUUCUGGGAACCCACGUCCAGCGAUGAUGGCGCAGCCCCAAGUGACAGUGAUGACAGCAUGACAGACCUGUACCCACCUGAGCUGUUCACCAAAAAGGACCUGGCAGGGACUGAGCACAGGGACAGCACCGAUGACUUUCUGACAGAUGAUGAGGAUGAGAAGCCAAGGCGCCUGAAGGAGAAGGGCCCUGGAGACAGAGCAGAGGGGGAAGUGGACUGGGAACUGGUCCUCAAACGCGGGAAGAAGCAGUCCGGCUCAGUGAAAAAGAAGUUCAAGAGUCGUCACCGCAAACCUAAGAGCAUCAGCUCCUUCAAACAGUCAGGUUAAUAAAUGGCUGCUGGAGAAAACAUAUCCACGAGCCUUUGGAGAGUCCUCCAGGCGUCUCCCGUCUUCCUCAAGCCGCCUGCCACGCGUCCUCGGAAGUGCGGGGCUGUCCCCAGAUCUGCUACCCCCGAAAGCAGGGCUGGGGGUCUGUCCCACGGAUGUCAGGGUCUCACCCCCACCCCCAGGAAGUGGCAGGGACCCCGAGGGAAGAGUUCUGUCUGCACGUGGUCUUCGGUGAAGCCUAGAGGGGACACCUGGCUCACUGCGGCCCCGAGGAGAGCCCUGGCCAAGCUCCAACUGGCUGGACAACACCAGAGGUCACACUGCAUACAACAAAUGCCAUUUAUUUUGAUGUGUCUCCAAGAAUCAAAAUGUUUUCAAACACAACUAAGAUAUAAAAUACAGCAUAAAAUAAGGUUUAUACCUAUUCCCCACAUAAAGCAGAAAACUUGUUCAGAA